AUGUCCAACAACAACAGUGGAGCAGUAAACAAGCCUAAACAAUUUGAAGGAGAUAAAGGAAAGAGCAAGGAAUUCCUGGAUGAGUUAUACCUGUACUUUGCGGGUAACCCCAACAAGAUCCAGACUGAUAAAGAUAAGGUUCAAUGCACCCUUUCAUAUAUCAAGGGACCUGCCCAAUUCUUUGUCCACACAAUCAUCACUGAUGCCAAAGAACCCAUAUCUGAUUCUGAAGAUGCACCUCUCAAAGGAUUACCCAGCUGGGCUAAUUUCAGGAAGUCUUUUAUUCAAACCUUUGGAGUCGAGGACAACACUCAGGCAGCACUAAACGAGAUCAGCAAAUGCACCUGGGCCAGCGGAUUAAACAAAUUAGGGCAAAUUCGAGAACUCCAGCACCUCAUUCCCCCUGCUCUGUUAAUCAAGAUUGCUGCUUAA